UUUUCCCCCUUACAAAGGUUUGGGACCAUUUCCGGCCAUUCCGCGGUUGUUUCCGCAUGUCGAUUGUUUCUGUUUUGGCCGCGACAAAUUCCGUUCCGCUUGUUAUUCGGGAUGUCUGCGAGGAUAGCAGCAUUUUCCGAAAUGAAGUGGAAGAUGCUGCUAUUUCUUCAAUGGUCGAUCGGUUUACCCUCACACGCACUUACCCCUCGGGUCACCUAUUCCCUACCUGUUUGCACCCGUGUGUGAAAUAUGCCCUCGCAACAAGGAUGGCCAUAUGUUUCCGGUUAUUUUUCUUGCACGUGCACUCGCUACUACCCUAACGCUGCUGGGCCGGGCCAGUUUUUAUGAAUGAAUCGAAGCAACCCUUUCGCCUCGCGUUGUAAAAACCCCUCCACCGCGUGCGUGUGUGUGUGUGUUGUACCCCUUUCACCCGCUCGGUGUGUGGCUAUUCCACUCACACUGAUUCUACCCUUCGAGGUAGGGAUGCGUCCAAAUAGAAAGGAUCUCCUCAUCUGGGCUGGUGGCUCAUUACCAUUCUGACCGUCAAGGUGUGACGAACACAUUUCCCAAGCUACGUUACCGAGAACGAACCGAGAGUAAUGUACGGUUGGCCGUUGUAAAACAAAGUGACUCGUAACUACAUUCCGAAAAAACAAAAAAUCGUGAUCGUGAUAGCAAUACGACCCUCGCGCCUCGUGAAACCUAAUAAACAUCGUGAUCGUGAACAUGAAGUGCAACAAUAAUAGCGCCACACGAACGAUCGCGUUGCUUCUGUGCUGCUGUGUUGGAAUAAGCGCGGGCAGAAUAAUUCACCGAAUCAGUGACUAUAACGCACCGAUGGCGGAACCGGUGCGCCAGUGCCGUGCGAUCUGUUUGACCAACCAUCUGCACGAGGAGAUCAACAGCAUCGUCGUGACGGACGAGUGUACCGAUCGGCCCAACUGCUUCAUGUGCUGGGACUACUGCAAGAUACUGCACGAGGAGAAGCGCAUCGUGCGCGAUUUAAUGUGCAGUGAUGUGAUUUGUUACUCUGGAUGCAAGACGGCCUGCAAAUACUACGGAGGAUUCUAUCGAACGGUGAAACAGAAAAUCACGUUAAAAUCGCUCGCUGUGCCCGUGAUCGGACAGCAGGUGGUGAACCAUGAUCCUGCCAACUCGAGCGCAAGCUAAACAGACCUGGACCAGGAGAGCUCACACCACGAAGAGCACCACAGCCUACUAGCUUUUUCUAACCGUUUUUUGAACCCGCUCCAACGGAAGGACCGACUGCUUGAAAGCAUUGUAAAUACUAACGCACUUAUUUAAAAAAAAACCCAUUGUUGAAUAUUAUGUAGGAAAAGGAUCUAUUGUAAAUAUCGAAUAACGACGACCAGGCGUAUCGAAGUAAUAAUAAUAAAAUAAACCGUGUUUUUACUGCGUAAGAAACAUUUGUAUC